GAGCGGUGGUCAUAGCCUUUGUGGUCUGCUGGCUGCCCUAUCACACUCGCCGCCUCAUGUUUUGCUACAUCUCUGACUGGUCCGAUGACUUGUAUGACUUCUACCACUAUUUCUACAUGCUGACCAACAUCCUGUUCUACGUCAGCUCAGCCAUAAAUCCGAUCCUCUACAACCUGGUGUCAGCCACCUACCGCCAGAUCUUCUUCUCCACACUGCGCUACUUCUGCAUGCCGUGCCGACGUACGCCCAGGAGGCACCCCCACCCCCUGACCCGCCACUCUAUUAGCAUCUCCAGCAACCACACCCUCUCCACCAACAUCAUCAAAGAGACGGCGUACUGAUUGGACUGCAUUACACUUUCUCAUACUAAGAAUCCAUCCGCUGCCAUUUUGUGGUUACUGGUCCAACUUCAUCAAGGAAAUUCUGGUACCGAGUUGGCAAGGCUAACAGAUCCACUACUUGGACACAUCGUCAUUGUCAUGUAGGGUCAGGUGUCCCGGUUCAAGCUGAGUGUCCUGACAAAUAUUUGUAAAACACAGUUUUCAACAUGAUGGAUAUGAUGGAUCAUAUUAUAGUUGUUUUCAGUGCUUACAUAGACAUUUAUCAUGUCCUAUACCACUCAUUAGACAUAUUACCUAACCGAUAUAAAAAUUUAAAUGGUGCGGCACGCGUCUGACUUCAACACUGAUUGGUUUGCAUGUGUGUCAAUCAAUCAAUGUGGCGUUGUCAAGGCAGUUGCUAGCCUAUGAGUCAUGGUGGUUCUUUCUGACAGAACUUGUCAGUAUGCUAACAGUUAGCUGUCUUGUCAUGCUGAUGAGAUCAGCAAUUGGUCUUUUUCUAAAGAGGUCCAGGAGGCUUACUUACUUAACUUCCUUCAUACAUCCAUGGCAACCAUGGUGUUAAAAGUUGCGGUCAGGAGGUGUGCUAAGAGCUGGAAUAAAUGUCCCCCAUCCUGAUGAAUACGCCUAUGGUGCGUACAUAAAUGCAUACAUGUGUCCAUGCAUGAAGGUGCAGCGCACUUAAUGGUCCUGGUUUUGGGGGUUGGGGGGGUCAUCCUUGCCAGGUGCCCAGUCUGAGACCACUGU